AUGGAUGAAAUUGAAAUUCCUCCAUAUUUUCUAUGUCCAAUUUCAUUUCAAAUCAUGAAAGAUCCUGUAACAACAGUAACAGGCAUAACAUACGACAGACAAAGCAUAGAAAAAUGGUUACUUACGGCCAAGAUUUGUGUUUGUCCUGUAACAAACCAAGCACUACCUAGAAGCAAAGAGUUUUUGACUCCAAAUCAUACACUUCAAAGGCUAAUCAAAGCAUGGAUUUCGUCAAAUGAAGCCAAAGAUGUUGAUGAUCAAGUUCCAUCUCCGAAAUAUUCUCUCGAUAGAAUCCAUCUUCAGAAGCUUGUUAAGAAUCUUGAGGUUCCUAGUUGCUUUCGGACCACAAUGGAGAAGAUUCAUGAUCUUGCUAAACAAAGUGAGAGAAAUAGAACGUGCAUGGUUGAAGUAGGUGUAACCAAGGCUAUGGUUAUGGUGAUUAGGAAGAGUUUCAAACAAGGUAACACUAUUUGUUUAGAAGAAGGUUUGAAAACUAUUAGUCUUUUGUGGCAUGAAGCGAUGGUUAAGAACAUGAUCAAGCCUUUGGUUGGAGGAAACAUGGAGUUCAUCAACUCUUUGGCUUGGAUUUUGAAAAUUUACAUUGAUAACAACGAUGUGAAAAUGGUAAAUGAAGUUAUGACAUUAAUGAAGUUGACAAUUGACAUUGUAGAUUCAUCUCUUAUAGGUAAUUUAAACAUUGAAUUCUUUAGACAAAUUGUGAGAGUACUUCAAAAGCGGGGGUUAUUCUCUAAACAAACGAUUAAAUCAGCGUUACAUGUUCUUAUUAGCACAUCCUCGUUAGGUAAAAACCGAACGAGGAUUGUGGAAGCUGGUGGAGUAAGUGAACUCAUUGAAAUCGAGCUUGAAAACCCGAAGAAGAGUGUGACCGAGCUUAUAUUCAACCUUUUGGCACAUUUGUGUUUAAGCGCGGAAGGAAGAGAACAAUUUUUGAGGCAUGCGGCGGGUAUAGCGAUGCUUACUAAAAGGAUUUUGAGGGUUUCCGCAGCAACCGAUGACCUAGCGAUUCAAGUAAUUUCAGUGAUUGCGAAGUAUGCAUCUUCUAAAGAUAUUUUAGAGAUGUUGAGGGUUGGAGCGGUUUCAAAGCUUUGCAUGGUAAUGCAGGCAGAUUGUGCUUCUUAUUUGAAAGAGAAAGCAAGAGACAUACUUAGGUUACACUCCACUUCAUGGAAUAAUUCUCCUUGUAUACAAGUGUAUUUUUUAACUAGGAACCAAAGGUGA